UCUAGGAGCCCUGCAAUUAUUGAAGUGCCAUCUACUGCCACAAAGAUGGACCAUGUUAAUGGCAAUAUGAAGUCAAUGGAUCCAACUCAUCCCCUCACAAUGGAUGUCAAGGUGUCUUGUCCUGUGUGUGCUGCCAUGUAUUCGGAAGACUUGAUUGAAAUACAUGCAAGUACCUGUGGGGAAAGGUGUGAAAAUAGACCAAGUAUUGAUUCGGACUUUGCUUUGACAGAACCAAAAAAGCCAGACAAGCAAAACAGCCUUACAGAAGCAGUAAACAAACUUAAAGAGGCAAUCAACGCUAGAACUAUAUUCAGUGUCUGUGUCACAAGGGAAGACAUGUUCAACCGAGGCUUGACACAAUGGAAACGACAAAAGAAGUCCUCUCCAUGGAAUCCCCUCAGAGUCACUUUCAUCGGAGAGCUUGGGAUAGACAGUGGUGCUCUAAUGAAGGAAUUUCUGACAGAAAUGAUGGUGGGGAUUGAGGCAAAAUUCUUUGAGGGAGGGGAUUCUGGAAAAAAUCUUAAGUAUUUCAUCACAGAUUUUCAGAAUGACAAUUUCAGGACAGUUGGCGAAAUAAUGGCUGUGAGCAUUACUCAGGAUGGCCCUCUACCUAACUUUUUCAUGGAGUGGAUAUACAGUUACAUCACUUCUGGGGAGAUUAACAAAGAUCAGUUGUCAAAAGCCAAUGUAACAGAUGCAGACCUGCUAGAUCUUAUUAAUAAGAUUGAGACAGCAGACAGUUCAGCAUUGAUCAAGCUUUCUGAAAGGAUUGCAGCAUGCGGGUACACUGGACCUCUAGCAUGUGAUAGAAAGACUGACAUUGUGAGUGCUGUUGUCCUACAUUCCUCUGUCCGAAUACUUCCAAUGCUCCAGCAGAUGUGCAAAGGAUUGGAACUCUAUGGCCUCCAUGAAAUGUUGAAACAAAAUCACCAGCUAUUUCAGCAUGUAUUUGUUCCUGGCCAUUUUCAAAAACCAGAUGCAGAUUUUCUUACAAUGACCCUGUCACCUAUUUUAAGUGAAGUGGGUUCAGUUAGGCAGCAGAAGGAAUCAAAGAUUGUGAACUAUCUGCAGGACUUCAUUCAAAGCCUUGAAGAUGAAGAGGAAAGGAGCAGUUGUCAGGAGAGCAGAGGUGAGGGUGAGGAUGACAAUGAACAAGGGGAAAAGAAGGACUGCGGUAAAGAAGACAAAGAACAAGAGAAGAUCACUGUCAGUUGCUUCAUGCAGUGGCUUACUGGUCAGGGACAUGUUCCCAUUACUUCCACACAGAGAAAAAUUCAAAAUACAUUUAGAGUUUGAUCAUGACUGUCAACUGCGAUAUGGCCAACAUAGUGUAUGCUACCCUAUUGUAAAUGCAUGUUCAUGUAGCGUGACACUGCCUACACAGCACCUAGGGACUUACACAGAGUUCGUUGACAUUAUGAGACAGGCUGUGAGUAAUAGCAGAGAAUUUAGUCGUUCGUGAGACGGAUUUUUUGUAACGGUUAUUCAUUGUACUGGGUAUGCUCUGUUGCUGCGUUUUAAAUAAGUAAUACCCUUUGGAUAUUUUAAUGUAGUUUUUUUUUGUUUGUUAUUGACAUGUUGACAUCCACAGAAGCAGCCAAGAUUGCUGUCGUUGUUCUGAAAGCUUUAUUCAGAAUUGAUAAUUGUUACUGAUAUGCAGUAAGCUUUAAUGCAAAAUAAAUCCAAAGUUUUAUGCUC